AUGCCCGAGGAGUCUAGUCCUAUGCUGGGCGGCGGGGCAGCGACGACUACUACUGGGAGCAACCCACACGACGAUAUCGUGGAAGCCGACCACCACAACGACCACAAAGUGCAAGAGAGCACUGGCGCUACCGUGGCAGCGAGCCUUGUUGGAACCAUUACUAGAGAGCAGCAAUACGAAAAUGGUUACCACUUUCCGCCCAAGUACUCGUGGCGCGAAACCAUCGAACAAGGCCUCGUAGACUUUUGGGCUUUCUACAAUACCGGCUUUGGUUUCUUUCUCACAAUAUACUCGCUCAACGUUAUCGCAUGGGGCGGUAUGCUCUUCUUGCUACUAUGCAAUGCAUCGCCCUGGAUGUGCAAUGGCGACUGCAACAACAUAGACUCGCCGAGGCGGAUAUGGAUAGAGACCGACUCCCAGAUUCUCAAUGCGCUCUUCUGUGUAACUGGGUUUGGCCUAGCCCCCUGGCGCUUUCGCGACCUUUAUCUGCUUCUCAAGUAUCGCAUCAAGAAGGACACAAGGGCUCUUCGUGAGCUUGCUGGUGUCCACCGCGGCUGGUUCAGAUUGGCUGGUUCCGAGUCGCUACCCCUGCGUCUUGGGCCCAAAAACAUUGAAGAGACGACAACCAGCUAUUCUGAACAAAGUGUACCAUUGCCACUUGAAAAGAUAUCCGACGCCCCUCCCACGGGAAUCAGAGCGCCACCAACCAAGAUGUGGAAGAUGGACUGCGUGGUAUGGCUCAAUGUGGCAAACACUCUGUUGCAGGUUUGCUUGUCGACAUUCAUGUGGGCUUUGAACCGCUAUGACCGACCAUCUUGGUCGACUGGGCUUUUUGUUUGUUUGGCAUGUAUUGUCGCUGGUAUCGCCGGUGUCAUGACGGCCAUUGAGGGAAAGCACGUCAAGGCAAUCGAGGGCGUUCCUCUGACCAAGAGAGACCACGAACGCUUGGCAAGAGACAAGGAGCUGGGCAUACCACACUGGAAUAAUAUCAAGGAUAAGGAUCCGCAGGAGAAGGAAAACAAGAAAAAGGCAAAGAAGAUGGCCUCCCAUGAGGAGAAGACGGCUUAG